UCUGAAUGGUGAAAACAGCGAUAUUAAGAUUUGUGCUCUGGGAGAAGAAUGGAGCUUACACAAGAUAUAUUUAUGCCAGGUAAACUUCACUGAGUGAUAGCGUCUCAUAAAGGGGUCCCCCUCCUGCUGUGAUGGAAAGUUCUAGUAAAGCAGUAUUUUUCACCUCAUUGGAUGGAAAACUAGCUAUAUCUAGUUUUAUAUGAAUUACACUUUUUAAAAAAGUCUGGCUACUUUUCAAGUAUGUUCAGUGGUUCCUGGAGGGAAUCAGGGAUGGAUACAAUAGAAUUGGAAAUUCCUGAUCAGAAUAUUGAUGUAGAAGCUUUACAGGUGGCAUUUGGUUCACUGUAUCGAGAUGAAGUGUUAAUAAACCCAAAUCGAGUCAUUGCUCUCCUAGCUGCGGCCAGCAUGCUCCAGCUGGAUGGCUUAAUACAGCAGUGUGGUGAGACAAUGAAGGAAACAAUUAAUGUGAAAACUGUGUGCAGUUAUUAUAAUUCUGCAGGAACGUAUGGAUUAGAUUCUUUGAAGAAAAAGUCCCUUGAAUGGCUCUUGAACAAUCUGAUGACACACCAGAGUGUGGAACUCUUCAAAGAACUCAGCAUAAACCUCAUGAGGCAGCUGAUCAGUUCUUCUAACCUCUUUGUCAUGCAAGUGGAGAUGGACGUGUACACUGCUCUCAAGAAGUGGAUGUUCCUUCAGCUUGUGCCUUCUUGGAACGGAUCUCUGAAACAGCUCCUAAGUGAAGCCGAUGCCUGGUUUUCUAAGCGCAAAAAUGGUAUUGGUGAAGCUCUGGGGUUCGUUCAUUUUGAAGAUGGCAUCUCGUUCUUGGAAUCUGAGCAAGGAAGUGCAUUUCUGGCUGUGUUCAGACAUCUCAGGCUGCAGUACAUAGUCAGUGAUCUUGCAUCAGCAAGAAUUGUAGAGAGAGAUGGCCUGAUACCCGCAGGCUGGCUGUCCUCGGUUUACAAGCAGCAGUGGUUUGCCAUGCUCCGCGCAGAACAAGACAACGAUAUUGGGCCUCAAGAAAUAAAUAAGGAGGAACUUGAACUGAACAGUAUGCGGUGUGGCAGAAAACUUGCCAAGGAUGGUGAUUAUUGCUGGCGAUGGACAGGCUUCAACUUCGGCUUUGAUCUGCUGGUCACAUACACCAAUCGCUACAUCAUCUUCAAACGGAACACUCUGAACCAGCCCUGCAGCGGCUCCGUCAGUCUGCAGCCCCGCAGGAGCAUCGCGUUCAGGUUGCGUCUGGUGUCCUUUGAUGGGAAUGGAAAGCUCAUUUGUAGCAGGACUGCUGGAUAUCAGAUCUUAACCCUUGAGAAAGACCAGGAGCAGGUAGUGAUGAACUUGGAGAGCCGCCUGCUGGUCUUCCCCCUGUAUAUUUCCUGCAACUUCCUGUAUACAUCCUCAGAAAAGAGGAGAGAGAAUGAUGCACGGCUAGAGUAGUGGACAACGCGAGAGCCACAUCCGGAACUUGUUACAGAGGCUGCUUUAAUUGGCAUGUCCUUGAGGCACACAGAUAAGUAAUAAAAAUCCUUGCCUUCUGCAGCAGAUAAAAUCCAAUUUCCACACUUUAUCAGUAUGUUCCUAAAAACAUCUUAACACUUUUGAGCAAAGUGGAUUUUCAAAGAGUCACAGGGGCUGCAAAGCCUAAGAAUUUAUUUUUACCAAUUCUUUGAUAGUUACAGACAACAGAAACACAACUUGCCAAAAUGGACCUGUCAGUUCAACGGGACUAGCAUAUUAGUAAAGUCUAUGAUAAGUGCUAACCUGAAGGUUUGUUUUUGCAGCUGUUAAGGGUUUGUUUCUGCCUUGCAAAAUCCCACUGACUUCAGUAGUUACAAACAAGGGUUCAACUUACCCUUUUUAUUCAUGGUAUUUUUUUAUUCAUGAAAUAUUUUGGGUUUAAAAAGAUUUCUGGAUGAGUUGAAUCUUUUAUAUAGUAUCCUAUUUUGUUUUAGAUAUCUAUUUUUUAAAUGUCGAGUGCAGUUUUAAUUCAUUUUGUGGAAUGCACAAAAGAAGAGUUGGAUUGGGCUGCUCUCGUUCUGCUGUUUCCAUGAGAGCUCCAGAGCUCCGAUUCACCACAGGUCUCUGCUCAAGUAGCUACCUUGAGAUCAGCUUGUUCAUAUAUCAUCCGUCUCUGUCAGGUUGCCAGCUUUGGGCACGAAGAGCUUUCUUGCCUAAGAGUUGAACUGACCACUGACUUUCUGCAAAGCAUGGCCUCUUGGAUCACUUCAGCUCAGUGGUGUGAUGAGCCUUCCAAGGGCACCAGAGGCCUCUCAGGUUCUGGGCCUCCCCAUUCACUCUCGGAGAUUGUGUGUCUGCCAGCAUUAAAUGGUGUCAUGGCAAAAGGCUGGGGGAUCUAUGCAGAGGUGUGGUAAUCCUUAAAGGCUGCAUGUUGCCCACAGGUUUCAUCUCUGUUGCAGCCAAAGAGGUACCAACAUUUUAAAAGUAUGCUUCGUUUCAUGAGCCCAUUGGGAGUAUGCAUCCUGACUACACUCAGGGACCUGUGACCUUUUGAGUGCCUUUUGAGUGUUAUGUGCAUUUGCUUGCUUUGUUUACAUCUGUUAAUUCCAAGUUCCAAAGGCAGGAACCGAAAUCAAGUUUCCUGUUUUGAGUUGGUGUUGAAAACAAAGUGGUCCACUAAAUGUGAGGUUUAAACUAGGAGUCUGUACACAACUUUGUGGGGUUUGCUGUUGAAUUUCUACCGUUCCAUUUUUGUUGAUAGCCUACUUUGUAAUAUUUAAUUUAAAAUAUACUGUUUCUAUGCUAUAAAGAGAAAACAACUUGUUCAGCUAACGGAAACAAAUGCCAAUGCGAAUAAAUGACAUACAGUUCAGAAUUCA